UCAUUCAUUACAUUAAUUCAUUACUUACCGUUAGGGUUAGGGUUAUUACUACCUUGUAGUAACCUUGCAUUACAUGUUAAUUACUAUGUUCUUACCUUGUCCCGAGCAGGGAUCGAACCGCCUGCAGCACAGAGAUACCAGGACCGCAGAGUCCCCCCUCCUCCUUUCACAGAGAAGAAUGGAGGCCGUGCUUUUCACUUUGUCAAAACCAAUUUUCUCACAGUUUGGAUGUUGGAACAAGAUCUUUGCUUCCUGUUUUUGGUGUGUGUGAUAGGGGAACUCAUCGGGGUGGAGUUCCUCUACCAGCAGACAGGCAGAGUGCUUGAGGAUGUCAGCUUGGACCCUGACACUCCGGACGAGGUCGCUGUCAUCGAGGGGCUGGAUGAGGCGGAUGAGGCGGACCCCACCAUCUUAGAGCCUGACGCCCCAUCCGCCAACACAGCAGCAGCCCGGUCAGGUGAUCCAGCUGACGCACCCAUGCCUGAGCCAUCCGGUCCGGCAUCCCCCGCCCUCCGGACUCAUCCUGCUCCAGGGGAGGCUGCACAGGGGGCAGUUCAAAGCAGCAAAGGAGAAGAACACCUCCUGUCCUGGAAACGAGAGUCUCCAACGCUGCCUGCUCGGACUGACCUUUGGCCCUGCAAGCUGGCCCAGCACCAGCCGCCUGGUGGAGGCCAUCUGCAACCAGCUCUGUCAUCUCCACCUCGUGGCCAGGCGGUUCGGAGGGACCACGAGGACUCAUCCCCUCCGACUACGUGGACAUUAGGGAAGCAGUACCGGCUAGCCCGAGGUUCUGUCGGAGGCAGAACGAGAGGUGGAGGGCUGUGCUGGAGCAGGGGACGUGAAUAGUCUCUGCUCCAGCCGUGUCCGUCCACCCUCUCCCUCCAGUGAAGGGACUGUCCUUUGUACAGGUGGGACGAGGACAGCCCUUUGACUUUGAUGUCCCGGAGGAGCAGCCCGGGCCCUCCGACGGCCUUCUCCCUCCUCCUCCACCAACAAACACCACUCCCAGGGUGCAUUGCCCCUGUCCGUCAGCCUCCUCCUCUUCUUGUAGAGCAGCCGGUGCAGUACACCUGCAGCAGGUGCCACACUCGCAUGACAGGUGUCAUACUGUGCCGCUGUCGGCAGGAAAUCUGUGGAGGAAGGAGAUGAAGAAAAGAGGAUGAGGCGACUCUGGGGGCUGAUUUAUUUUAUUUUAUUCAUGAAGAACAUUUUAUUGUUAUAUAAACUUGCCCAGCAGCCCCAGGUUAUUUAUUAUUAUAAUG